AUGAACUAUUCUUCUGUAAAGGAGAAUAUCAAGAAAUGCAAGCAGAUUCAAUAAGAUCAAACUAGCAAAUUUGGACUAGGUAUCAAUUAUUCUAUAAGUUUUAUGUAAAUAUUAGAAAUCCGUAAGAGUGAAAUAAAUUUCAAGAGACUAGACGAAAGAAUUGAUUCACAGGCUGAGAAAUUUUUGAAAAAGCUUAAAGAUACAGAUGUGCAGUUUAGAUAGAUGAAAUAUCAGAUUAAUUAACCCAUAAAAGAGAAUUAAUCUAUCAAUCUUAACUAAAGUAAUCAGGAAAUUAUCAAGAUCCAUAAAUCAAUGCUACAGAAGCUGGAAACAGGCUAAAUUCAGCCAUAACAAUUAUUACCCAAAAGACAACCUAAGGCUUAAAGUAUUGUUGAUAUUUCAUAAACAAGAGAAGACUAGACUGUUGAUAUUAUCAGGAAAAUGAAGAGAGAAAAAGCAAGGAAAAUUUGGACGGCUUACCGCAGAUAUAAAUUUAGACUUUAGAUAAAGAAGACAAUAGCUGUCAAAAAGAUUUAAAAAUGGUACAGGAGGUAAAAGCUUAGUUCCGAAGCGAUCAUGAUUCAAAAGCACAUCAGAGGUUUUCUAGCUAGGAAAAGAGUCAUUAAACUUAAAGAGGAAGAUAUUUAAUACAAGCAAGCAGUUGAUAUAUUUAGAAGGAAUACUUUGUGGAAGGUCUACAGCGCUCUCUAUGGAAAUAUUGAAGAGUAAUAGAAUAAAAGAAAGAAUUCUAGAUUCUAUCCAAUGAUGAAGAAAUACGGAUCAAUUUAAAAGAUACAUCUAGGAUUAAUGGAAGGCAUAGAUUUCUGGGAAAUUUUUCCUAAAGAAGGUAAAUAUGCUAUGGCUGUUGAAUUUCACAAGAAAAGGAUGCUUGCUAUUAUAUUUGCGAGAUGGCUUUUAACUACUGAUGAUAUUUUAUGA